UUGCGCCUGCCGGAGGGAGACGAGAGGCUCCUCCCUGGAGCAGAGAAACCAGUUUGGCCGGUCCGGCAGAGCCAGGGGAAAAGGGCGGCCGUAGAGGAAGGGCGCACUGACGCGGGGCGGGGGAAGGCGGGAGCCAUUGGCGAGCCACGGCCGCCGGAGGAGUCGCCGCCAGCUGGACACGCUUCCCGGGGCCCCCGGCCAGCCCCCGUGAGCCAUGAAGCGCUAGUGCGGCCGCAGGGCUGGGGCCGGGCGGGCGGCGGCCAGGUGCGCAGCGAGGAUUGGAGCGGCGCGCACCCGGCGGAUGCCCCAACCGGGGCCCAGCGAACGCUAGAUAGUCCCAGUUCGCCAGCAGAAUGACCACGGAAAGAGACUCAGAAACAACAUUUGAGGAGGAUUCUCAGCCCAAUGAUGAAGUGGUUCCCUACAGCGAUGAUGAAACCGAAGAUGAGCUGGAUGACCAGGGGCCUGCCGCUGAGCCAGAGCAGAAUCGGAUCAACAGAGAAGCCGAGCAAGGCCGGAACACCUUCAAGAAAGAUUGCACUUGGCAAGUUAAAGCGAAUGAUCGAAAGUACCACGAACAACCUCAUUUUAUGAACACAAAGUUCUUUUGUAUUAAGGAGAGCAAAUAUGCGAGUAAUGCAAUUAAAACAUACAAGUACAACGUACUCACCUUCCUACCAAUGAAUUUGUUUGAACAGUUUAAGAGAGCAGCUAACUUCUAUUUCCUGGUUCUUCUUAUCUUGCAGGCAAUUCCUCAAAUCUCUACCCUGGCAUGGUACACCACCCUUGUCCCACUACUUCUGGUACUUGGCAUCACUGCAAUCAAAGACCUGGUGGACGAUGUGGCUCGCCAUAAAAUGGAUAAGGAGAUCAACAAUAGAACAUGUGAAGUCAUUAAGGAUGGCAGGUUUAAAGUCACCAAGUGGAAAGACAUUCAAGUUGGAGAUGUCAUUCGUCUGAAGAAAAAUGAUUUUAUUCCAGCUGACAUCCUGCUGCUGUCCAGCUCUGAGCCCAACAGCCUCUGCUAUGUGGAGACGGCCGAGCUAGACGGAGAGACCAAUUUAAAGUUCAAAAUGGCGCUGGAAAUCACAGACCAGUAUCUCCAAAGAGAAGACAACUUAGCAACAUUUGAUGGUUUUAUUGAAUGUGAAGAACCCAAUAACCGACUAGAUAAGUUCACAGGAACGCUGUUUUGGAGAAAGAGAAGUUUUCCUUUGGAUGCUGAUAAAAUUCUGUUACGUGGCUGUGUCAUUAGAAAUACUGAUGUCUGCCAUGGACUGGUAAUCUUUGCAGGUGCUGACACUAAGAUCAUGAAGAACAGUGGGAAAACCAGAUUUAAAAGAACUAAAAUUGAUUACUUGAUGAACUACAUGGUUUACACGAUCUUUGUUGUUCUCAUUCUGCUUUCUGCGGGUCUUGCCAUCGGCCAUGCUUAUUGGGAAGCACAAGUUGGCAAUUAUUCUUGGUACCUCUACGAUGGAGAAAACAUCACCCCCUCCUACCGUGGAUUCCUGAAUUUCUGGGGCUACAUCAUCGUGCUGAACACCAUGGUACCCAUCUCUCUCUAUGUCAGUGUGGAAAUAAUUCGUCUGGGACAGAGUCACUUUAUUAACUGGGACCUGCAGAUGUACUAUUCCGAAAAGGACACGCCUGCAAAGGCGAGGACCACCACGCUGAAUGAGCAGCUCGGCCAGAUCCAGUACAUCUUCUCGGAUAAGACAGGGACACUCACGCAGAACAUCAUGACCUUCAAAAAGUGCUGCAUCAACGGGCAAAUCUAUGGAGACCAUCGAGAUGCCUCUCAACACACUCGUGGCAAAAUAGAGCAAGUUGAUUUUAGCUGGAAUGCAUUUGCUGAUGGGAAACUUGCAUUUUAUGACCAUUAUCUUAUCGAGCAAAUCCAGUCAGGGAAAGAACCAGAGGUGCGGCAGUUCUUCUUCUUGCUUGCUGUUUGUCACACGGUCAUGGUGGAAAGAAUUGAUGGUCAGAUCAACUACCAGGCGGCUUCUCCCGACGAGGGCGCCCUGGUCAAUGCCGCCAGGAACUUCGGCUUUGCCUUCCUGGCCAGGACGCAGAACACCAUCACCAUCAGCGAGCUGGGCACCGAGAGGACCUACAGUGUUCUGGCCAUUUUAGACUUCAACAGCGACCGCAAGCGAAUGUCAAUCAUUGAUUCCUACAGACUUUCUGAAAAGGGUGUUGUUUCUCUACGCUUCACCACGUCCCUGUGCCAAGGGGCGGCUACGGUGUACCUGCACCUGGCAGAGGCUGGGGCUCUUUUCCACUGCAGGGGCCUCCGGCUGCCAAGGGCGGUGGAGAUGCUGCCCACUCAGCUGCUGGCUAUCUUUGCGAAUGAAACUCUUAGAACCCUGUGCCUUUGCUACAAAGAAAUUGAAGAAAAAGAAUUUGCAGAAUGGAAUAAAAAGUUUAUGGCAGCCAGCGUGGCCUCAACAAACCGAGAUGAAGCUUUAGAUAAAGUAUACGAGGAGAUUGAAAGAGACUUAAUUCUAUUGGGAGCUACAGCUAUUGAAGAUAAACUGCAGGAUGGGGUCCCAGAAACCAUAUCAAAACUUGCAAAAGCUGACAUUAAAAUCUGGGUGCUCACUGGAGACAAAAAGGAAACUGCAGAAAACAUAGGAUUUGCUUGUGAACUUCUGACAGAAGACACCACUAUCUGCUAUGGGGAAGAUAUAAAUUCUCUUCUUCAUACAAGGGUGGAAAACCAGAGAAACAGAGGUGGAGUUUAUGCAAAAUUUGCACCUGUUGUGUACGAACCUUUUUUCCCACCUGGUGAAAACCGAGCUUUGGUCAUCACCGGUUCUUGGCUGAAUGAGAUUCUUCUAGAGAAAAAGACCAAAACAAAUAAGAUUCUGAAGCUGAAGUUCCCAAGGACAAAAGAAGAGAGACGGAUUCGAACCCAAAGCAAGAGAAGGCUCGAAGCUAAGAAAGAGCAGCGGCAGAGGAACUUUGUGGACCUGGCCUGCGAGUGCAGCGCUGUCAUCUGCUGCCGCGUCACUCCCAAGCAGAAGGCCAUGGUGGUGGACCUGGUGAAAAGGUACAAGAAGGCCAUCACACUGGCCAUUGGAGAUGGAGCCAACGACGUGAACAUGAUCAAGACUGCGCAUAUUGGUGUUGGAAUAAGUGGACAAGAAGGAAUGCAAGCCGUCAUGUCCAGUGACUAUUCCUUUGCUCAGUUCAGAUAUCUGCAGAGGCUGUUGCUAGUGCAUGGCCGGUGGUCUUACAUAAGGAUGUGCAAGUUCCUUCGAUAUUUCUUUUAUAAAAACUUUGCAUUUACUUUGGUUCAUUUCUGGUACUCCUUCUUCAAUGGCUACUCAGCACAGACCGCGUACGAGGACUGGUUCAUCACACUGUACAACGUGCUGUACUCCAGCCUGCCGGUGCUCCUCAUGGGGCUGCUCGACCAGGAUGUGAGUGACAAACUAAGCCUCCGAUUCCCUGGGUUGUAUGUAGUGGGACAAAGAGACUUACUAUUCAACUACAAGAAAUUCUUCAUCAGCUUGUUACAUGGAAUCUUAACAUCCAUGGUCCUCUUCUUCAUUCCUCUUGGAGCUUAUCUGCAAACUGUGGGACAAGAUGGAGAAGCACCUUCAGACUACCAGUCUUUUGCUGUCACUGUUGCUUCGGCUCUUAUAAUAACUGUCAAUUUCCAGAUUGGUUUGGAUACUUCUUACUGGACUUUUGUGAAUGCUUUUUCAAUUUUUGGAAGCAUAGCACUUUAUUUUGGCAUCAUGUUUGACUUUCACAGCGCUGGGAUACAUGUUCUUUUGCCAUCUGCAUUUCAAUUUACAGGCACCGCUUCCAAUGCCCUGAGGCAGCCGUACAUUUGGUUGACUAUCAUCUUGACUGUGGCAGUGUGUUUAUUGCCUGUCGUUGCUGUCCGCUUCUUGUCAAUGACCAUUUGGCCAUCGGAAAGUGAUAAGAUCCAGAAGCAUCGCAAGCGGUUGAAGGCCGAGGAGCAGUGGAAGCGGCGGCAGAACGUGUUUCGCCGGGGCGCGUCGUCUAGGCGCUCGGCCUACGCCUUCUCGCACCAGCGCGGCUACGCGGACCUCAUCUCCUCUGGGCGCAGCAUCCGCAAGAAGCGCUCGCCGCUGGACGCCAUCAUCGCCGACGGGACGGCCGAGUACCGGCGCACGGUGGAGAGCUGAGCGCCAGCCUCGCGGGUCGCGCACGCCCGGAAAUGUCUAUUUUUUUUUUUUUUUUUAUGAAAGACUCUCAGGAACUUAAAAAAAAAAA